AUGGCCGUGCCCAAGCUCACCGUUGUCGGUAUUGAAUCAAGCCCCGUGCCCAGUUGGCUGACGCGCCGCAAACGAUACGCGAUACGAGCCCCAGACUUUGAUGGUCUCGCAAUAGUGCGUGUACAGUGUGGGAAAUACUCACCGCACACCCAUAAACAAGCUGAUAGGAUGAUCGAAAGUGGUGUGCAGGAUGUGAAUGAAAGAAUAGGAUGGAGGGGAGAACGGGGAGGGUGGAAGGGGAGAUGGAUGGAGGGAUGGAUGCAGUUCGCCUCACUCGCUGGUGGCAGCAGUAUCAAAGUUCCCAAUAUCGUUUGUACACAUGGUGGGAGGAGCUUCCCCCCAUUAUGCGCCAGUUUGGUGGCUGGUAGUACCGGGUCCGGGAUACGCUCGGCCAUGGUCACCUCCUACAACGGAGGCGGCACUGACGAUCACGGGGACUUGUCGCAGACUUGCCUCAGGUCAGCAAAAUGA